AUGUCAAUGAAGCGAAUAAGUAGUUAUUUUAACAUUACAUCCAAAAAAUCAAAACCUAAUUUGCCAUUGGAGGAAGAUCAAAAUACAAUCGAUGGCACUAGUACAGGUACAACUGAACUUAUUUCUAUACAAAAGCCUGAAGCUGAGAUUGGUGAAUCCAUACAGUCUGAAAUUACAGAUGAAUUAGAUAUAGCAAAUUUUACAUGCCGAAGUAAAAUGGUAAGUGAUUAUAUAAAAUCAAUUAUACUAAAAAGGAGCAAUAUUCCUAGUUCUAAGUUUCAAUAUCCAUUUUCUCUUCAUAGUAAAAAAGGUAAUGAAGAAAAGCGAUUUUUAAGAAAAAAUCAUUUUGAAAAAUACCCAUGGGUUGAGUAUUCCAAUUUAAAACAUGGGUUGUUCUGUAAGAUAUGUGUUUUGUUUUUAACUUCAACUAAAGUUGGUAUGCAUAGAACAGAACAAAUAACAAAAUUGGUUACCGAACCUAUUAAUAAAUUUGCAAAACUAUUAGGUAAGGAUGGUGUAUUAGAAGUACAUCAUAAUAAUGGAUAUCAUAAAGAUAAUGCACAAAAAGCUAUAGACUUUCUUAGUACUUAUGAUAAACCUAAAAAUGAAAUUAUUAAUUUAUUAAAUGACCAACGUAGUAAGGAAGUAUUAGAGAACCGUGAACGGUUACGACCAAUUAUAAAAACUAUUUUACUUUUAGGCCGGCAAAAUAUUCCUUUGCGCGGUCAUCGAGAUGAUGGAUCUUUAGUUUGUCAAACAGAAGAAGAGGACAAAGUGAAUUCUAUAGUUAAUCAAGGGAAUUUUAGAGAGCUACUGAAAUUUAGAAUUGAUGCUGGUGAUCAGUUACUUGAAACACAUUUGAAAACGACUGGUUCUAGAGCUACAUAUAUUAGCAAGUUAACACAAAAUGAAAUUAUUGAAUGUUGCAAACAAGAAAUAUUAGAUUUUAUACUUUUAGAAAUAAAAAAAGCAGAUAUAUUCAAUGAUGUGUCAAAUAUUGAAGACAAUGUAGAACCCAAAAUAACAGGAGAGAAUUUAGGAGAUACAGUGGUAAAAAUAUUACAAGAAUUAGGAUUAAACUUAGACAACUGUAUAGGUAUUGGGACUGAUGGCUGUUCUGUUAUGGUUUCUGAAGUUCGUGGUGCUGUGCAACAAAUAAAAAAAUAUGCCAAAAAUGCCAUACAUAGCCCGUGCUCUAAUCAUGCAUUGAACCUCAGUAUUGCUAAAUCAUCUGCUGUUCAAUCUGUACGAAACUGUGUAGGAAUUAUAAAAGAAGUUGUUUCCUUUUUUCAUGUAUCUGCUAAACGUAACUAUACUCUUAAACAACAUUUGACAACACAUAAAAAAUUACACAGUUUGUGUGAAACAAGGUGGGUCGAAAGACACGAUAGUAUAAUGCAAUUUAAAGAAUCCAUUAUUGAAAUUGUAGAUACUCUAACUGAUGUAUCUGAAUGGAAUGAAAAUAUUACUUCUUCAAAAGCCAAAAUGAUGAUAGCAGCUAUUUGUAAUUGUGAAUUUAUUAUAUCAAUUUUUUCAUUAUCAAGUUUAUUAGCUGUAACAUUUCCUAUAAGCAAAAUAUUGCAAGGUAAAGAUCAAGACAUUAUUUCAGCAUCAGAAUGUAUUAAAGAUAUAUACACAAUUCUUGAAAGGAACCGUAAGGAAUGUGAAGACAAAUUUAAAUUAUUGUUUAAAGAAUGUGAGCCGAUUUUAAAAGACCUUAAUGUUGAUAUGAGAUUACCAAGAAUUACUUCGCGUCAAAAACAUAGACCAAACCUAUUACCAUCAAACAAUAUUGUUGAUUACUAUAGAGUUAAUAUUUAUAUACCUCUAUUGGACAAUAUUUUAGAAGAUUUAAACUUUCGAUUUUUGAGCAAGGAAAAUAAAAAUAUUGCAUCAUUAAUGCAGCUUACACCAAAAUUGAAGACAUGGUUGAGGUCAACAACUGGUGAAGACCGAUUAAAUGGGCUAGCACUGCUUCAUAUCCAUAGAGACAUUAAUGUUAAUAUAGAUAAUAUUAUUACACGCUUUGCUAAGCAAAAAACAAGGCAUAUGCUUUUAUUAUAA